AUGACGCCGUCUGAGAUUGGAGAAGCUCCCAGUAGCUCCCGCCGCUUGUUGCGACCUAAACUACGACAGGCAACAUUUGUCCUUCCACGAACCGGUCAGCGCCUAAAAGGCCUCGUGAGCCUGCGUAACCCCACGCGAAGAUUGGCGACGGAUGACGAUGACGAAGCACGCGAGGAGCGGCGUGGUCUGCUGUCGGGCGAGAUCGAGUCGCAUCAUGAUGGAUAUGGGACGUGGCUGUCUAAACAGGCACAGGAGCUAUGGGCAAGCUUGCACCGCUUCGUGGCCUCAGAGCAGGGCAUUGGAGUGUUGAAGUGCAGUCUGGCAUAUCUGCUUGGAUCGAUGGCGACGUUCAUUCCAGCUUUAUCCGCAUUUCUCGGUCACCAGGAUGGGAAACAUAUGGUUGCGACGGUGACUGUUUACUUUCAUCCCGCGAGAUCCCAGGGUAGCAUGUAUCGCGCCUUGAUCUGCGCGCUGCUUGCGUUUUGCUAUUCGGCCUUUUUGUCGAUUACAAGCAUGCUGGUGGAGAAUUUUUUCCAGGACACGCUGGAUCUGCCUGCGCUCGGCCAUGCCGUGGUGCUGAUUGUCUUCUGUGGUGGCGGCCUGGGCUUCGUCGGGUGGACGAAGCAAAGACUGGGUGAUCCGCUGGUGAAUGUGGCAUGCUCGCUCACGGCGCUGUCGACUAUCACAGUCUUGACGAAAGAAGGUGCUGUUCAGAGCGGCGAUCUGUCUUUGAAUAAGAUUAUUCAGGUCUUGAAGAUGGUUAUCAUGGGCGUUAUAUUCGCAGGCGCCGUCUCGUUCUUGAUAUUCCCCAUCUCUGCGCGGAAGAAGCUUCGCGCAAACUUGGUUACAACUACGGAUACUUUGGCUGUUAUGCUGGCUCUCGUCACAGAGAGCUUCCUCAGCGGGUCUGAGGAAGAGCUCAAGUCUGCGGAAUUCGUCGAGGCAGAAACCAAACACCGAAAGGCCUACGGUCAGCUGGAUAAACUGGUGCGUGAGGCGAAACUUGAGCACUAUUUUGCAGGCACCGAACGAGAAUAUCGAUUGGAGAAGAAAUUGGUGCGCUGGGUGCAAGACAUCACUCAUAAUAUGGGUGGUUUGCGCAGUGCCGCUUCUCUUCAGUUCAGUCUGAUUCGCGAAACACUUGCUCGCGAGUCCGAGGCAUCAGGCGGACAGCAGAGCACCCUCCCAACGGAGUACUUUGCGUCAUUGGAACGCUCUUGGUCUUUCCCCGAUGGGUCUUUCUUGGAACCGAUUGAUGAACGCCCUGAGGAGGAGCUCUCUCCGAGCAGAGGUUUCAGCACCCCGAACUCGGAUGGAAAGCUGGAGUCCGUGAAACACCCCCUGCUUCCUGCGGAUGUAUUUACAAUCUUCAUUUCCCAUCUGGGCCCGGCUAUGCGGUCCCUAGCUUUUACGCUGAAAGAGAUCUUUAAUGAGAUCCCCUUUGGUCCGGCUCCAAACUACAAAGUCUCUGUAGAUAGUCGACUACUCACAAGUCUCGACCGUGCGCUUGAUCUCUACCAGGAAUCCCGUGAAAAGACUCUCAAAUCGCUCUAUCAGCAGAUAGAAACUAUCAAACUGAAGACGCAUGAGGCAGAAGCCGAUCUGGAAGAGGUUUCCGCGAGUUGUGGCCAUUUCAGUUUCUCGCUUCUGGAAUUUGGUGAGCAGCUGCACGAGCUACUCGCGAUCCUGGACCAGCUUCAGCUUGAGACUGAGGAGCGACCUGGUGGGCGGUCUUGGGGCUGGCUCAAGUUUUGGCGAGCCAAAGACAGCAGCGCUGCUGAGGAGCCUACCUUUCUAGCACCGCCAGGACCGGAUGCUCGAGUGUCUCCCGCUGUUCGUGCUCGCCUGUAUCCGCGCGCCGAAGUGUCAGUCAAACAACGACUAGGCUAUCGGCUUUGGAAAUCUCUCAAGUGCUUCCGCCGUGAUGAUACGAGAUAUGCGAUCAAGGUCGGCGCUGGCGCGGCACUCUACGCUUUGCCUGCAUUUUUGCCUUCCACGCGACCCUUCUAUCAGCAUUGGCGCGGUGAAUGGGGUUUAUUGUCAUACAUGCUCGUCUGCUCAAUGACGAUUGGUGCUUCAAAUACCACGGGCUACGCUCGAUUCCUCGGCACUUGCUUAGGAGCGGCUUUAGCCAUCUUGUCCUGGUACAUUUCCAGCGGCAAUGCCUUUGCCCUCGCCAUCUUUGGAUGGGUUAUGGCUGUCUGGAUCUCCUACAUCACGAUUGUCCAGGGCAAUGGUCCUUUAGGCCGGUUUAUCAUGCUCACAUAUAACUUGUCUGUGCUGUACGCCUACUCGCUCACCCAGAAAGAAGCGGACGGCUCAAAAGACGAGGGUGGCCAGGAGCCCGUCAUUGGCGAGAUCGCGCUCCAUCGAGUCGUGGCAGUGCUCUCCGGCUGCAUCUGGGGUAUCAUCAUCACCCGAGUAAUAUGGCCAAUCAGCGCACGAGGCAGAUUGAAAGACAAUCUCAGCAUGCUUUGGCUGCGGCUGGGAUUGGUCUGGAAGCGUGACCCCCUGUCGGCGAUGGUCAAGACGAAGCGCUCUGUCGUGUAUAUGACUGCGCGUGAGAAACUUGAGCUGGAGCGCUUUCUCUCCCGCUUGGAGACAUUGUUGGUCUCUGCGCGCUCGGAGUUUGAGCUGCGCAGUGCCUUUUCGGAUGAUACUUAUGCUAGUAUCAUCCGUCGUACUCGGAGCAUGGUGAAUGCAUUCCAUGCGAUGAACUUGGAGCUGAUGAAGAGUAAGACUGCUACCGAUGGCGAGAUUAGCCUCCUGAGGUAUACUGCACAGGAACGACAGCAGCUUUCUGCUCGGAUUAGCCACCUUCUUACCGUCAUGGCAUCGUCUAUGAAACUUGAAUACCCAUUGAGUGAUGUGCUACCCAGCAUUGACCAUGCUCGGGACAGGUUGCUGGCGCGUAUUUACCGAUAUCGCCAGGACCAGGAGGUGUCCCUUCUGACAACAGAUGAAGAUAGUGCAUUGUUGUACGCUUAUAUUCUCGUGACUGGUCAGUUGUCCAAAGAGAUCAGCGAGAUUCUUGCAGACAUCGGCCAGCUGUUUGGUGUGUUGAGUGAGGAUCUCCUACAGAUGGCGUAG